CCAAUAAAAAGAUCCUGCGAAAAUCACCACUGCUCGUCUGUGCUGCCGGUAGGCGCCACGCCACCGUCGCCAUGGCCGCCCCCGUCUCCACUUCCCUCUUCCCUCUCGCGAGGAGCGCACCUUCUUUCACUGGUCCGCACUACAAGAAUAAGAGAAAGAUUCCGAUGGUGCGGGUCUUCUGUGCUGCCGACGACGACGAGGAAGUCAACGAUUUGGGAGUCAACGUGGCACUAUCGAUGCUAAAAUUCUACAAAAGAGAGAUAUCACCCUUGCUGCCUUCUAGCUGCCGUUAUGUGCCAACAUGCAGCGAGUACUCUAUGCAGGCGUACAAAAGAUAUGGUGUUGCGAAGGGUACAAUCUUGACAGCAUGGCGUCUGUGCCGUUGUAAUCCUCUUGGUGGACAGGGAUAUGAUCCUCCCAGGUGGUUUGGGGAGGGAGAGUUACCUGAGGAAUGAUGGCUGGUAAUUACUAGAAACACUGCACAUAUGUUGGAAUGCCUCACAAGAUAUCAUCUCAUCGCAACUUCAUAAAGGAGUGUCAGGACCCAAAUGUCUCUGUCUGAAGAUCCGAUCGCUGCAUACGGGAUUCAGUUAAUUCAAACCCGUUCUAACAGGCGGGAAACGCCAGAAGCCACACAUCUUCGAUCGCACGGCCGAGACGACGUCGUACCGUUUCGCCAGUUAUGAUGACCCGUCGAGCGUCCGAUCUCCAUCGUGUGACGGGGAUUGCUCUGGAGGUCGCUGUUCCCUUUCCGGCAAGGGCCGCAGCGCCCCUCUCUUUCUUUUUGCUUUUGCUCUUCUUUUCCUUCCCUUUGUAAGGCUAUAAAGCCAGGAGUUGGGAUCGAGGGUAGGUAUCUAUCUUGUUGUUAGGGUUUCCCCCUUGCCGCCGCCAGUGUUCCUGGUUGGCAAGAACCUCUGUAACGAGCUAGACUCGCAUAAUCAUUCCUCUGAAAUCAAGCUAAAUUCGACUGGUUCUGUUCU